AUGGCCCAGUCCGAUGGAACUCCGCCGACAUUUGUCGUCGGGCAACACGAAUCUGACAGGAAAUUUCGUAUCACCAAUGAAAUAUCUCAAUUGGCUCAUGAUAAUGGCUAUGAUAUGCUUACAACACCAAUAACGACACCGCACUUCCAAUCGCGUGUCCUUUCUCUGCUGUCAAGCCACCUUUCUACUGUUCAUCAGCCAGUUCAGGACCCAACAGGCACGUAUUUUACAUCACGUAAUACUUCGCCUCUCAAAAUACCCUCAUUCACAACUACGGACACGAAUUUGCGACCAGAAGGAACCAACAGUUAUGUGGUUGCCGUGUCAAGUCGAUGGAUAGACAUGUGUUCACCAGACCCAUUGGUUGCUGAUAUAUCCCGCCAAGUUCUCUUGUUGGAACUGGCAUAUGCUGCAUUUUGUGGUGUUCAUCAUGCUAUAAUUCCUGGCCCAAAGCUACAUCAUGGAAGCUUGCACGGGGACGGACUGAUUUAUUAUGCACGAGCCAUCCAAGAGGUUCUAACGACCGCACCAUACAUCCGAAUCAAUGUCUGGCUACCUGUGGUUGACAACCCUGAAUUAGAAGUGGACCAAAUGGGAGAUCUUUCUCCGUUUGCCAGACCUGAGUACCUAGGUAGUUCAAUACCUGAAGUAUCCCCGAAGUUGGAUAUGUUUGGAACCUGGAAUGCAUGGAAUAUAAUUAGGAAAGUCUGUAAAUAUCAUACAAGAUUAACAGUAGCUUUAUCAUUAACGCGACAGCUUCCUCCGUCAACUGUCCAGUCAAGAUGGUUGUCGGAGCCCGUUCGUAUACUUACAUUGACAAAUGCGUCUUUUGUGAAAAAUCCCAAAAAUUUCCCUGUUCUCAGCAAAGCGCAUCAAUCAUACAUAUUUCGUGCAAUGCGAGGUAUUCCUCCAUGGAUCUUCCUCUGCGAUGUUGGGCCGAUACCUGGACUGGAGAAGUUAGACGGUCAUGCCCCAACCCCUGCCGAGGCUGCGCGGUCGCCGAAGAAAAAGGAGGACUUAGUGCCCCAUUUAUCAUACAUACGAAACUUAGAGCGGAAACAACCACAGUGGACUCGUGUGGAAAGCUUUACUCUAGGAUAUCAAGACUACUUACAAGCGCCACUGCAGCCUCUCACAGUAAACCUUGAAAGCGUGACAUACGAGGUUUUCGAAACGGACCCCGUCAAGUAUGAGUGGUAUGAACGAGCUAUUGCGAAAGCUCUCAAAGACUGGGCACAGGAAAAGAAACCGACUUCUAGUCAUGAUGGCCGAGUUGUAUUAGCCGUUGUUGGCGCAGGGCGUGGACCUUUGGUCUCUCGGGCUAUUAGGGCUAGUGUUGAAGCUGGAGUUGACAUUGAGCUGUGGGCCUUAGAAAAGAACCAAAAUGCAUUUGUUCACCUUCAGAGACAGAACGAAGCAGUAUGGGGUGGAAGCGUAACUCUGGUUCACUCUGACAUGAGAAGCUGGAAGGGACCGGUUCGUGAGGUCAAGGCCGAAGAUGCGGCAGUUCAAAAUAAUAAACCACCUACUGUAAACUAUCCUAUCGACAUCAUCGUUUCUGAGCUCCUGGGCUCGUUUGGUGACAACGAACUUUCGCCAGAAUGCCUUGACGGUGUUGACAAUCUUUUAAACCCGGUUCAUGGCAUCUCUAUUCCUACCUCUUACUCAUCACAUAUCACACCCAUCUCAGCGCCUCGCCUUUACGCGGAAAUUAAGAAUCAAACCAAAUCAAACCCAGCUGCUUCAGAGACCCCUUAUGUCGUCAUGUUACAUGCAUUCGAUUACCUUUCAACCACCGCGCCGGCGAUAUCCCAUCUUGGCAGCAUGUCUUCUAGCACUGUGGCCUCAACUUCAACCUCAACUCCUUCUGGAACCCCGCCGCCCAUUAAGGAAGCAGAUACCCCUAUUGUUCAGACAGCGUGGACGUUCUCGCACCCCAAUCCUAACAUACCGGAGGAAUCAAGGUUAUCAGCGAGACCAUCUAAUUCUCACAAUACUCGCCAAACUAGGCUCACUUUCCCGUGCGCUGAAGGUGGAACAUGUCAUGGUUUGGCCGGAUACUUUGAAACUGUGCUAUAUCGGGAUGUUGAAUUGUCGACCAACCCUCUUACCAUGGAUGCUAAAAGCAAGGAUAUGAUAAGCUGGUUUCCUAUCUACUUUCCAUUGAAGAGUCCGUUAUACAUACCUGAGAACUCGGACAUUGUCUUAACCAUGUUUAGGCAGACAGAUGACCGGAAAGUUUGGUAUGAGUGGUUUGUAGAAGUAUUCAUGCUUCAGAAUGGCAUAGGGCUCCGUGGAGACAGCCAGCCCAAGCGAAUACGGGUAGGAAUGAGUGACUUGCACUCGAGUAUUCAAGACGGAUGCUUGAUGUGA